ACAAUGCCACACCACUUGUAAGUCACAUUGCCACGGCCGCCGCCUCGGCAUCUAGCAACGUUGCAACACCCACAAAUUCCACCGCCUCAUCAUCGACCUCAUCAACGGCGAAUACAACGAAAUUAAAAUCGGCCCUGAAAGCGCCGAAAGUUAGUUUUGCUCCAAUUGAUUUUAUGCCUCCACCACAAAUCACGUGAUACGAAAAUAUGCCGCACAAUAACAUUGUUUGCGAAUGGCUGCGUGCGUUGGGCUUGCAACAAUAUGCGGAAAGUUUUCUCGAAAAUGGUUAUGACGAAUUGGAGAUAUGUAAACAAAUAGGCGAAAUCGAUCUGGACGCUAUCGGUGUAGAUAAUGCCCAGCAUCGCAGUAAAUUGUUGAAAAGUGUCCGCACGUUAAGGGAGAAGGGUGCCGCCUUGGUCUAUGUUAUGAUCAAUGAUCCGAAGGCGUUAAGUAGUAGUAAUGAAAUUCUGGCUACAGAAUGUGAUACCCCAACGACAAUGAAAGAGUUGGAGGCGUUAGUGAAGCGGCAUUUGGAAGCGGAUGGAAUUCGCUUGACAGCGCAUCCCUACUCAACACCGGAAGGAAAACGUGGCUAUUUAGAAGGUUUGGCCAGCCACUAUUGCAAAGAAAUCAAUAUGCCUUAUGAAGAUGUCUUGGAUGCCAUCGAAUUGGCGCGUGUCUCCAAAUGGAAAGAGCGACACAUUCGCAUGGGCAAUACAAAUACGGGUGGUUCGAAUACACUGAGGAGGGGUGCUAGCGCCGGUGCCGGCACAAGCUGUGGUAUGGGUGUUAGUGCCAUGAUAACGGGUAAUAUAGCACAUCAAUCGAUGAUGCCGUCGAGUCACAGUCAACCGUUAUAUGUGCCUGGCAAAUAUCUGCCCUCCAGCUGUUUAUCGAAUCGUGAAGAGAAUGAAAUCUAUAGCUAUGCUCAGAAUGAUUUGGCCAAUCGCAUGGCACGUAAUGUUAUCGAUUCGAAAUCAACGGUUAAUUUGAGUAGCAGUGCGGGUGGCGGCGGUGUUGUUGGUGGUAGUGGUAUUGGUGGCAUGCAGCAUAGUUAUCCUGGAGCACGGUCAAAUUUCUUUUAUGAAUUCUCGGCAACAGAAGGACGUAAUAAACGUAAACGACAUACCACAGUAUUUGCCCGUUUCCUGAAUGGUUUACGCCAAGGUGCCGACGAACUAAAUCCAGCUGAAGGCAUGCAAUUAAAGACAUCGGAGAAACUGAAAAGCUGUGGCACCAUGAAACGUGUAGAACCUCAUCAGAAUUUCGAAGAAACGAUACAAAGGCUAAAAAAUCAAAAUGCACGAAAAAAGUCACAACAUGACCGAGGAAUACAUGACCGCAGCAAGGAUAUCAAUACGCAUAGUGUGACAACAAAUGACAUGUCAUUAAAUAACUAUACCAAGCAUCCAUAG